GAAAAUCUUCCCUUCCCACCGCAGCAAUUUGGAACCAAAUCUCGACAGGCACGAUCAACAUCUGCAAGGCGGUUUUUGGUGCAACGUAAAGAAACGUUACGAGCUCAGAAGGGAAAGUGUUUUUACUUCAGGUAGCGUGUAGCCUAGCACGUACUAAGUAGUUGCCUCAGCGACUUCAAAUCACUUCCUCGUUGUAUUUUAGAUUUCCAAACAGGAGCAAAAUGGCGAAGAAAAACAACCGCAACACGAAGCAGACGCAUCUGCAGAAAACCUACCAGUUCGCGGAGGAGGAGAAGCAAAAGUUGGAAAAAAAGCGGCUCGCCAGGUUGGAGAAUAAGGAGAAGAAACUAGCAGUCACCCAAGCUACUUCCGACAAAGGCAGCAAGGAACAAAAUGGUAACAAGGUAACCAUCAAGCAAAUCGGAAAGGAGAACGACAUCUUCGCCGCCUUAGACGGCUGCUUGAACAAGCUCCCCGAUCGGGAAAAGAACUUCAAAGCGCCAGAGCCGGUUAAUAUCGAUGAGGAUAUGGAAAAUAAAAUUCUCCCCGACAAACCACGUACGAUCAUUCACUCGCUGUUUGACCAGAAAAAAAGGAUGAGCAAGCUCCGCCAGGUCCAGAAGAACGACGAGAAGAAGCGGGUGAAGAAGAAAUUUUUGGCGAAAAAGAAAUUGGAGGAAGAGAUGGAGAACAUGCUGGACGGGGAAGACAGCGAGGAGGCGGAGAAAAAAUUUAACGAUAAUGACGAUGAAAACGAAAACUCCGAAGACUUAAUCACCGUCCGGCCAACGGAGACGAGGCGGGAUAUUAAGGUCAGGAAAAGGAUCGAGAAGAGGGAACGGAAAGGGUUGAAGUACGUGAAUAAUAGUACUGGUAAGAAGAAAGAGAAAUUGUCCGUUCGAGACAAGCGGAUGAAAAAAGCGAAAACGAACAAGAAAAAGCUGAACAAAGCAUCGGUGAUUAAGAAGGGGGAUAAGUGAUUGGUGAACAGAUGAACCAGUAUCAGGCGCAGUUGUCUGUAGGACAUAAGGGCUUUUCAGAUGAUGGCCUUAGACAUGACAUUGCGACUCGUUUUCAACGCUGAACUCUACUUUUUCCUUCUCAUGCCUAUUCACUCCUGUGCUCUUGCAAACUCAGAAAAU